UCUUCUAUUCACUAUUUCCCGGCGGCGUCGGUCGGCUUUUCUCUCAAUUCUAUAUUUGUUUUUCAGUUUUUGUAUAUAUCCCGAUCAAUAAAACUUCUCUUCAUGGCGAGUUUUAAAAUCAAUUUUCAAAGUUAUGAAAACUAUCUUCAAUCUCGUUGGGAGAGUUACUUUCCGACGUUGUUAGUCCGACAAAAUUCCCGACCGUUCCGUGUCGAUUUCUUUUACGCUAGAGAAGACUCAUGGCGGUUUCCAGUUUCAAUCAAAAUUUCGAACCCGAUUUCCAAAACCGCCAUGGAAUUUCGAACCCGAUUUCACAAUUUCGAACCCGAUUUCCAAAACCGCCAUGGAAUUUUGAACCCGAUUACAAAAUUUCGAACCCGAUUUCCAAAACCGCCAUGGAAUUUCGAAUCCGAUUUCCAAAACUGUGCAAACGGAGUUUUAGGGUUUUAUCUUGGGGGAUUGAUAAAACGUACUGAUGAGAUCAGACCAAGCAGAGCUUGAGGGUGCAAAGAGAAGAGCUUGAGGGUUGAGGUUUAUAUAUCUGCUAAUGACUUAAUGUUGCGGUUAGGGUUUUGGUAUGAGUAAUCCAAUAUUGUUAAAGUUGAGCAACAAAUUCCAGAUACAAAUCUUGAUGUGAUGGUCUUAUAUAGCAAAGAAGAUUGUACCGAAACAGAAUAGAUCUUCUAUCCUAAACCAGAUAAGUUCAGGAUUGGAGAACUUUGUGCUUACUUGCAACCAGUCUGGACAAAGGACCUCAUAAAUUCUCUGGCACCAUGAAUUCUUUGACAAAUUAGAUACAGGGUUACAUGAUAAACAUGUGUUCAUUGAGGAUCUGGCAUGCAGAAGCUCACUCACAAGUCUCUAGCAUGACUAGUUGUUGACUGACAAAGAAUACAACUACAUAAGCUGAGCAACAAAUUGCAGAUACCAAACUUGAUGUGCUGGUCCUAGCAAAGGAAGUUGUACCACUUGUUGUCUUAAAUCAGAUAAGCUAUUGCCAUCUUAACGCAUCUUGAAUAAAAUAGACAAAGUUUUCUUAGUUUAUUUGAGUUGCGUAAAUAUUUGGGCAUGUGCAUUGGUUAUGGGAGUCAUCAUUAGAUUCUGCUAGCCAGUUCAUUUCACAGCAGUCUUCAUACUCACAAACUCAGAUUUUACUCGAACGAUUGUGACCAUAUAGAGCACUGCUCAUUGCAGAUAAAAUCAGGGCAUGCUCUUUCUCAAAAGCACUGCAGUCCUUCUGAAGACAAUUAGAGCUAAAGUGCCAUCCUUCUGUUUCUAGAUGAUAACGAAUACUAAUCUUCACGAUUAUGAGUUAAGUGGUGUAAUGUUUGCAUUGGUGCUCCAAGAAGAUCUGUACUUAUAUUUUGUUGUUGAAGAUGUCUAGAGAGAAUUCACAAGAAUUACUUAAAUUUUUGGUCCACCCAUUUAUAGUCAACAACCUUGACUGUAUUUUGUGUGUAACUGGUGAGGUGACAGCAGACACUAUAUCUAGUGAUGUAUUGAUCCUGGCCAAAAAGGUUGCACUAAAACUGAGUAAAGCCUAUUCGCAAUGCCCGCUCAUUUGCUCACAAAGUUAUAGUAUAAGUGCAAGAGAGUGUAAACAGCUAGAGGUAACAGACGCUACACGCCUCUACUAAACACUUUAUCACAAUGCUUGAGAGACAACCUCAAGAGUUCCAUCGGUCAGUUUCUUAAGUUCAGCUCUUCUUUCAGUAGUAGAUUCAUAGCCAAUGUGGCUAUCUCACUAAACAAGAAAUACGAUCUUCGUAAGGACUACAAAACACCUUAACACUGGAAUCUUGAAAUAACUUGUAGAAGAAUAAUGCAAGAUAAGUUGGUGCCGAUAAAUGUCAAUAGUUUUGAAAUAGUAAAAUAUCUUUUUAUGUUCAUAAAUCAGAAAAUUUACAUAAUGUCGCGCCUCAGGGAGACUGUAUUCUGCAAAGGGAGCUCUAAAAUGGUUGAGAGAUGAAGAGCUAACCCAAGAACCAUAACAAGAAACAUAUUUGUGGCGAACAUCAAAUAUUUUGAUGGUUACGAAUUGUUGUGAAGCCAAAACUUUCUGUGGACUUGAUUGCUGAAAAGGACAUUGAUAUUUACUACAAUGACAAGGCACUUUCUGCUGGAUUAGUUGGAAAUGUGAUUCCAUAAUGGCUUGAAAUUGCAGGUAUAUGGUAAUCUUGUUUCUCCAACUCAUGUUCUUGAGAAUGCAGAGGUCGUGGAGAGUGUCAUCUACAACGUUUGCCCUUUUCUUUUUGUCCUACGUCCCAAAAUUAUGAUUAGCUUCAUCAGCUCUACCUAAGUUUCACGAGCUCUCAUGUUUCUUCUUAUUGUCACAGCCCCUCUUAAGCAAAUAUGAACAGUGGUUGCAACAUGCCAAAACAAGGAGUGCGGGACACAAGAUUAUGAGGGUGUAUUUGUUUACUUGAUGUUUAUUGGCUUACUUUUACUAAUUCUUCAUGUCUCUCCUCUUGUUCCAGUUCCUAUGGGAGAAAGCUACAGUGACUUGUGGCGGACUCUGAUAGUGAUGCAGAAGAUUCAAGACAGAGCCUAAAAUGGAGGGAGAAAUUCCUCGACAAUGUCAAGCAGUUCCAGUCACAAGACAAAAGCAAAGAUACAUCACAAGGAAAAGGCAGAUAUACAACACCCACUUCUCAAAAUGGAAGUGUUUUGGAUCCAAAAGACAGUUGGCGAGAGAGUGGAAUUGCCUCAUGGCAUCAUCUCGAAGGUCACUACAUCGAAUGGCUAGGUACAUGUAUAGUAUCCUUGAUAUAAAAAUCUAUGAAAUGGAUCGAAAAGGCAUAAUCGCAGCGGUUACAACAGUCCUUGCAGCGGAAGGCAUUGCAGUAUGUUCUUGUUUGGUCUUCGUCCACUAAGCAGUAACCCGUGUCUCUGUGGAUAUGUAAUUCCCAGCUAAACGUGUCAGGGUUCAGCCCUAUGCAUUUAGCCUUACAAAACAACCACGUUCGAACGGUGAGAGGGUUUGUGGCAAUCUACAGCAGCUUAGUUAGCAUCAAGGGAAGAGGAAGGAUUACUCCUUUGCAUCAUGUGGCUCGAAUAGGUGAUGCCGAAUUGUUGAGUGAGUUCUUGCUUGCUUGUCCUUCUUCUAUAUACGAUUUGACGAUUAAGUGUGAGACUGCUGUGCACAUUGCUGUGAAGAACUAUCAAUUUAUGGCGUUUAAGGUUCUAUUGGGAUGGAUUAAGCGAGUAAACAGGAAGGAAAUCUUGGACUGGAAGGAUGAAGAUGGUAACACAGUCUUCCAUAUUGCUGCAUUGACAGAUCAGAAUGAGGUUAUGAAGUUGCUGCGUAAAACCGUUAAAGUAAAAGCCAAGAACCUGGCUGGCAAAACCGCGAUGGACAUACUUCAAACUCACCAAUCUCCUUGUCUCCCCGUAGCAAAAAAACUUCUCCAAAGUGCUAAAGAAAGACUAUUUUGUGGUUCCACAAUGACUCUUGCGGAAUAUUUGAGCAAAGAACUAUCGUUCAUUGAGAAACGGAACACUCUCUUGGGGCUGAGCAAUUUGAGCAUGACUAGAGACAGGUCUCUAAACAUUAGUGACCCCCGCAAUGCAAUACUUGUGGUGGCUAUACUCAUAGUAACAGCUACAUACCAGGCUGGUCUCAGUCCUCCAGGCGGAUUUUGGCAGGAUACUGAUUUGUCAAACCAUAGUCACAUUGCUGGGCAGAUGACUAUGCCGUUCAUCCCUGCCUUUUACUUUAUCAGCCUCAACGGAUUUGCCUUCUUAUCAUCUCUAUAUGUGAUCAUAAUCAUCAUAAUUGGACUUCCCAACUGGAAGUUAAUCUAUGGUUCAACGGCGGCUUUAAGUAUCGCUGUUUUAGCAUCAUACGACACUAUAUUCCCGGUUCCAAAUGUCCCAGAUGAGACAAUCCCAGAGCUCAUCUUCGUCGCUGCAUACCCACUUAUUAUAGGAAUCAUGAUGUUUGCUACAUUCAUGACGUUCAUUGUUGAUAAACGUCGUCGGCACCAAGUAGACUUCCCAGCCAGCUGCUUUAGCUCAUCUCAGGAGCCAUGAGAAGUGUAUAAGUGUUUACGUAACGAGUUUUGUAGACUAAACUUCACUUAUAGUUAAACAAAACAUUUGUUUUGCUAUCUUGUUGUUCUUUUCUUCUACAGAAAUCUAAAUGCCAACAGAACAAACAAGAAUUUCAAUAACUAAUCAUCCCAUACUUAUUUGCU